AUGGAUGAGAAUUCAAGGAUUAGGGUGUGGGAGACAACGACGGGCUACAAGAGCACCGCAAGAGCGAUAAAGGCAUAUCGGGAGCGCGAUGUAGAGAUGUCUCGGCUAGAGCACCAGAAGCCGCUCCCCCACGCCGAGUACCACAGCUCUACCGCCUCUGAUUACAUCAAAUCUGUGGUUUUUGGCGGUUUGGACGGAAUAAUGACGACAUUCGCCAUUGUUGCCGCGGCUGUGGGUAGCAACAGCACCUUCGCAAGUGUCCUCAUCUUUGGGUUUUCCAACGUUAUUGCGGAUGGUUUCUCGAUGGGUUUUGGUGAGUAUGUAUCGGGGGAGGCGGAGCGGGAAAAUGCCAGGGCUGAACGCCGUCGGGAAGAAUGGGAGGUGGAGAACGCCUUUGACAUGGAGGUGGACGAAAUGGUGCAGAUUUACGAGGCAAAGGGCCUUUCCCACGAGGAUGCCACGACAAUUGUCAACAUAAUCUCAAAGGAUCCGAAGCUUUUUGUGGAUUUCAUGAUGACAGAGGAGCUCGGACUUAUUCUUGACCUCAGCGAUUUGCAUGGGCCCAAGAAACAGGGCGUUGUCAUGUUCGCUUCUUUUCUUAUCUUCGGUACAAUCCCGUUGCUGGCUUACGUUCCUGGGAAGGGUAAAGGAGUGGAUGGCGUCUUUGUGGCUUCCUGCUUGCUGGCAACAUGUGCGUUGGUAGUGUUGGGAUCGAUCAAAGGCUACUUGACGGGCAUAAAUAUGAUGUGGUCAGCCGCAUUAAUGGUUUUCAAUGGCGUGAUCAGCGGGAUCGUCAGUUUUUCGGUCGGAUUGGCGCUUGAGCGUUUACUAAGUGCGGAGAUAGGUGAUGCGGUGUAG